AUUUCUACUGAUCUUUUCUAUCAAUUAUCAUAAAUAUAAUUAUUCAAUCCGAUCUCCAUUACUCGCUUUUCUAAAUUUCAAUUCCAUUUAUUUAUUUUGUUAUUUUUUCUCUUAUUGUUACUAUUUGAUGAUCCGUUUGGUACCCUGGAAAACCAGGGAAAAUGAGAAGAAAUGCAUGUUGAUUGAGAAAAAAAAAAAAAAAAACAACUCAAAAAGACUUGAACUCACAGCAGCGCCUUUUUCCUAUAGGAUUGACUUUCUCUGUGAUCAAAACGGAGUAAUUAGGAAAUGGGGGUAUACCUCAGCACCCCGAAAACUGAAAAGUUCUCAAAUGAUGGUGAAAAUGACAGGCUUCGAUUUGGUUUGUCGUCCAUGCAAGGAUGGCGAGCAACUAUGGAAGAUGCCCAUGCUGCUUAUCCAGAUCUGGACAGCUUGACGUCAUUUUUUGGUGUUUAUGAUGGACAUGGUGGUAAAGCAGUCGCUAAGUUUUGUGCCAAGUAUCUUCAUCAACAGGUGCUCAAGCAUGAGGCAUAUUCAGCUGGAGAUAUAGGGACUUCAGUACAGAAGGCUUUUCUCAGAAUGGAUGAGAUGAUGUGUGGACAAAGGGGAUGGAGAGAAUUGGCGGUCCUGGGAGAUAAAAUAGACAAGGUUUCUGGCCUUAUUGAAGGGCUUAUAUGGUCUCCUAGGGGUGGUGAAGCCAAUAACCAUUUUGAUGAUUGGCCUCCUGAGGAGGGCCCUCAUUCUGGUUUUCAUGGACCUACUUCUGGAAGCACAGCCUGUGUAGCGAUAAUUCGAAACAGGCAACUUGUUGUUGCUAAUGCUGGUGAUUCCCGUUGUGUAAUAUCUAGAAAGGGUCAGGCGUAUAAUUUGUCUAAAGAUCACAAGCCCGACCUUGAGCUGGAGAAAGAUAGGAUUCUGAAAGCUGGUGGUUUUAUUCAAGUGGGGCGCGUCAAUGGAAGUUUAAACUUGGCCAGGGCUAUUGGGGAUGUGGAGUUCAAACAAAACAAAACUCUUCCCGCUGAAAGGCAGAUUGUAACAGCUAAUCCCGACAUAAACACUGUUGAGCUUUGCGAUGAUGAUGAGUUUCUUGUUUUAGCUUGUGAUGGGAUUUGGGACUGUAUGUCAAGUCAACAACUAGUGGAUUAUGUACGAGAGCAGUUAAACUCUGUAAGUCCUGCAGAGCCCUCGUCAAAGCAUUUUAAACUGGAAACUAAACUCUCAGCUAUCUGUGAGAGAGUAUUUGACAGGUGUUUGGCUCCAACAGCCGGUGGUGAGGGUUGUGAUAACAUGACGAUGAUCCUUGUUCAGUUCAAAAAACCUGUUGGUUCAGGUGCUUCUUCAGAGCAGUAGCGCCACCAUUGAUCGAUCAAACGCCCAAACAGAUAAAAGUACAUUGGAGUAUUAGCCUCCUUUGCUUGACCAAAUCGCUACCCGUUUUCUUCAAAGCUGUAAGCAAAAGCAUUAUGAUACUUGGUUUUCACAUUCAGGAAGUGAUUUGCUGGCGAUAUGAUUGUAUAUGUUCCAAUUCCAAGUUUUUAUUUAAGGGUUUUUGUAGAUGUGUUAAUUUCUGUGUUUAAUCUUUGAAAUGUAAGUGGUUUUCCAUGAUUCUACCAUCAACAUAUCAUUUUAUGUUUAAGCACGCCGGUGGGGGAAUUGGAUAGAGAAUAUCAUUCAUAGGCAUUAACCUGCCUCUGCCCCUAAAAUAGGUUCAAAAGCUUUGAUGCUAUUACGUUCUUCCGACAUCUUAGGUUGCAGUGAUUCAUUACACUGUGAAUUACUACUCUCUUUCAACUUUUG